CAGGAAAUCAUAAAGGAGGAACAAUGAGUCUUUCAGCAAGAAAAAGAAAGAAAAAAAAUGCCUUUGGGGCAAAAACUCCACCCUUUAUCGACUACCUAAAGGAGAUUUUGCGAAGGUACCCUGAUGGAGGACAGAUUUUGAAGGAGUUAAUACAGAAUGCAGAUGAUGCUGAAGCUUCAAAAAUUGUGUUCACCUAUGAUGAGAGAACGUACGGGACUGACAGCGUGUGGAGUGAAGCUCUUGGAAAGUAUCAAGGACCUGCACUCUACGCUUACAAUGAUGCAGUCUUCACUGAGGAGGACUGGAAGGGUAUUCAGCAAGUCGGAAGGAGCAUCAAGCAGGAGGAUCCAACCAAAGUGGGGAGAUUUGGGAUUGGCUUCAACUCUAUUUACCACGUUACAGACUUGCCAUGUGUAUUUAGUUCCAAACACCUUGCUGUUUUCGACCCACAAAAGAAGAUGUUCGAUGAUGAGCAGGAGGGCUACCGAUGGUCACUGGAUGACGAGGAGGACAGAAAGCACCUCCUGGAAUACACAGAUCAGUUCAAGCCAUUUCAAGAUAUAGUACGUCUGGUUUGCGACUGUUCUUGGGAGAAAAUUAUCAGUGAACAGGACUUUAGAGGAACGCUGUUCCGCUUUCCUUUGCGCAGCGAAGCCUCCGAGAUCUCUGAUAAUUUAUACGACUCCAGCAAGGUCACACAGCUCUUCAGCAGCUUCAUAGCAGAUGCAGAGAUCAGCCUUCUGUUUCUCAGAAAGGUUUCAUCCAUUUCUUUGGUGCAUAUUGACACAAACGGCAGCGUCAACGUUAGGAAGAAAGUUUCUGUGACAUCUCCUGCAAGUCUGCUUCCUGCUCCUCAGGAAGGUUUCGAAACAGAGUUCCUAAAAGGUAAAACCAACUUUAAAACGGUGUUCUGCUUUUCAUCAUCUGAGCCUGAGACAAAGAUGGAAUGGCUUGUGACGACCAGUCAUCUAACAGAAGGACGUGUACCUGAGAUCCACACCCUUGCUGAGAAGCUAAGCUUUCUUCCUCAGGUUGACAUAGCAUUUCAGUGUGAUGAAGUCAGAACAUGCGACACAGGAAGACUGAGCUGCUUUCUGCCCCUUCCCAACAAUGAGACCAAUAACACAGGCCUACCGGUUCACGUAAAUGCAUGUUUCGGACUUACAGACAACAGAAGAUACAUCAAAUGGCAGGAGGAGGACCAGAAGAAUGAUGAAUUAGCGGCGUGGAACGAGCUGCUGAAAAAGGAGGUUCUUCCUCAUGUGUAUCUCAAGAUGAUCAGUGAUGCUGUACAGUUAUGCAGAAACUCAAUGCUGCCUGCCAGCACUGUCUACAGUCUAUGGCCUGACCUGAGCAAGACCGAACACAAUAAGAGAUGGCACGAAGUUGCACUGGAUGUCUUUAUGCAUUUAUUCCAGAGUACAGAAGUCUUUUCUCUGGCUGAAAAUCAGAAAAACUGGGUGGCGGCUUCAGAAUCUGUUUUCCCAACCAACAAUACAGAUACCGAUGUGAUGUCAGCAGUUUCACGGUUAUUGAUUGCAAAUGGAGAAAACCUCGUCACUGUUACAGAUCACGUACUGAAAGCUGUGGAAACAGUUUUCCCAGAACCUGCUACCCUGAAAUGGGUGACCCCAGGCUUUGUUAGAAAUGUGCUCCGCAGAGCUGAGAUUGGUAAUGUCUGUAGAGAUGACAGAUUGUUGCUCCUGGAGUACGUCCUCAGUGACGGAAAGUAUGAAGAGCUUCAUGGUCUACAGCUUAUACCACUGAGUGAUGGAAGCUUCAGGUCAUUCACCAAUAAGGAUGAAGACACAGUGUUGAUUGACAACAAGGAGUUUUCAAGGGUCCUGCUGCCUUUCUGCAAAGAGAGAUUUUUACCUGCAGAUUUGAAUAGAAAUACAAUCCAGCAUUUCAGACAGAUGGCUCUGACAAAUGCCGACUCGUACAAAAUCAUUGAUUUGGACGCAGAGAGUGUGGCAUCAUUUGCCAAGAAUAACUUACCCAUAGACUGGAUGAAGGCUGAAGGUCAUGUGAAAUGGAAUCCCGAUGAAGAUGGCCACCCACCAAAAACAUGGCUUACUGAAUUCUGGAAAUUUCUACAUUUUCACUGUGAGGAUCUAAGCAGUUUCAUUGGCAUGCCUUUAAUUCCCCUGGAACCACUUCAAAAAACUGGCAGUUCUGCACUGUUAGCCAGACUGGAGAGGAAUUCCACGCUGAUCUUUCAGAGUAGCAGAGAUUCCAGCUUACCAGAUCAAAUUCAGAAUGUGAUAAAGAUGGUGGGAGGCACAGUCAUUAAGAAGGAUGAAUGUCUCAGACAUCAUGACAUUGAAAGUUAUGUCCUGACAGCUUCACCAAAGAAUGUUCUGCAAGUCCUGUUAAACUCUGAUACUGACAAAGUCAUUAGCAGCAUUGCCAGUGCUUCACUUCAUGAAAAAGAAGACUUUAAAAUGUAUAUUUCUUCUUUGGAUUUGAUCUCUGAUGCUGAGAGACGUUUACUUUCAGUGCUGCCACUCUUCAGACUGAUGUCUGCAACAUAUGUUGGUAUUGAUUCAAAGCAGGCAGUUAUUUUAAAGUCGAAUCCGGCCAUUCCAACAGAUUUGCCUGUACCAGAGACCAUCGUACAGUGUGCAAAUGAAGCUGACCGAAGGAUUUUGACUCUCCUCAAUGUUAAUCUGCUGGAUGCUGCUCAGUUGGCUGUCCACUUGGUUGAUUACAUUAAAACAAAUGGUUUCAACAAAGAGGAGGAACAGAAAAUUAUGACUUGGAUACUGACUCAUGGAAAUGUCCUACUCUCACAAAGUGAGGAACUGCUCAGAAAAACCAAGAAUCUCAGGUUCAUUGAAACAGAACAGGGGGAGCGCAAGCAACCAUCAAGUGUUUUCGACCCUACAAACAAAACAUUUCAAGAUCUUUUGGAUGAAGAUUUUUUUCCACCUCCAGUCUACAGGACAACCCAGAUUCUUCAGAGUUUGAGACAACUUGGCCUACGAACAAAAGAAGAGGAAAUAUCUUCAGAAAUUGUGCUCCAUGUCGCCUCACAAAUUCAAAAGCUCAGUGUCCACUCUCAAAAUAUUGCACUUCAAAAAGCAGAUGCUCUUGUAAGUGUACUAAAUAGAAAUGAUUUGCCCUCAAAUUUCUCUGAAGAAGAAAGAAGACAGCUUCUUCGAACACAGUGGGUGCCGUGUGAAAAUCCAUGUUCAAUAAACAGUAAUAGUCAGAAGAAAUGUCUCUACAAACCAGUUGAAAUAAGGGCCUUAAUAUACUUACCAAUUGUGGGUCAUGUCAUGCCACUUAGCUCAGAGUUAAGUGAUGAUAUUUGCCGAAAACUUGAUCUUUUUGACCUUCCUCCAGCUGAGAAGGUAUUGGAGAAUCUGAGUGUUCUGGGGUCAUUGGUUCCAGUCAUGGUCAACCCAGACUCAGAUUAUGAAUUUAAAAACAAGUUGCACAGCACUUACAGAUUCAUGCAACAAAAUAUUGAAUAUUUCAGAGAGGAGAUGACUGAGAAAAGCCUGGCCUGGCUCUGGUGUCAGAAUGACUUUGUCUCGCCUCAGGAUGUAGUGCUGUCCUAUCCACGGGAGUUAGAUCUGAGCCUUUACAUCAAGAAAGUACCACAUGAAUUUUUGCAAUAUGCUGACAUGCUAAAAGAGUUUGGUGUAAAGGAAACACUCUCUGAUGAGGAGAUUGAAGACAUAUUCCAUGACAUUAAACGAAGCAUUGAUGGUAGAAGUCCACCUUAUGGCGAGCAGUCUGAACUUAAGGUGUUAAUAGCCAUUCUUGACUGGAUGCGGAAGAAUGAAAAACCUUUAAAAGACAGCACCCCUGUGCCUGUCAGGGCACAGAACGGAAACUUCACCCUACAGCCUUUGAAAAAUACAGUCUUCUGUGACCUCAGUGAUGAAGGAUUAGAUGACCUGAGACAUGACCAGGAGGAAUUUCAUGUCAUCCACGAAGAAAUCUUAGGUGUCACUGCAAAAUGGCUGAAAACUCCUUUGCUAAGUACCCGCAUUUUAAAGCCACAGAUCAUUACAGCUGAGGAACUGUAUCCGGGAAUUGAGCAGUGUGGUCAGACAGAACCAAUUACUCAAAGAAUCAAAAACAUACUCAAAGAUUAUGAUGAGGAAAGUGACAUUUUCAAAGAACUCCUACAAAAUGCAGAAGAUGCUAAGGCAAGCACAUGCGGAUUCCUGCUUGACUUUAGAACGCACCCAGCAGAAGGUCUCAUCGAUGAUGGGAUGAGUUUAUGCAAUGGACCCUGUCUUUGGAGCUUCAACAAUGAACUCUUCUCAGAUGAAGACUGGAAAAACAUUGUCAGAGUUGGGUCAGCCUCAAAAGAAAACAACAUGGAGAAAAUAGGCAAAUUUGGACUUGGCUUUAAUGCUGUUUACCACUUGACAGAUAUUCCAUCUAUUUUAAGUGGUAAACGUCUACUUAUUUUUGAUCCAAACGUCACCCAUUUGGAAAAGCACAUACGCAGUAAAUCAAAUCCUGGAAUUAAACUUGACCUGUUACAAGAGAGACUAUUUAGGUGGUUUCCUGGACAGUUUCGAUCUUAUCAAGGAGUUUUCGGUUGCGAUCUAGCAAAGAGCAGCCAGAAUGUUUACAAUGGCACUUUGAUUAAAUUACCAUUUCGCACUCAGGAAGAAGCUUGUAAGUCCGAGAUUAGCUGCAAGGUGUUUGAUAAAGAACACAUGAAUGCUUUUCAGAAACAUUUCACUGAUGAAGUCCAAAGUGCCCUGCUUUUUCUUAAAAACAUAAGGUCUGUGUCUCUUCAAAUGAUUUCUGAAGAUGCUUCCACCCCACCACUUCAGAAUCAAACUCAGGCACUCCACAAAAUCUCCACUGAGACUGUCUGUUCAAUAGAAAUAUCAAAUGAAACACAUGUUCAAGCCAUCAGGAAUGCUUUGGAAAACCUUGAUCCAAAUUGUCACAGGAUUGUCGAUUGCUUUGCAGCACACAUUGCUGAAACAGUUCACGAACAUGUUGAGAGAACCAACACUCAGUACUGGUUUCUCUACUCUUGUAUUGGGACAAAGAAUUCACUGCACAUGUUCCAGAGAGAAAUACAGGACUGCAAGUUUUCCCUGCCUGUUGGGGGGGUUGCUGCACCUUUACAGAGAGAAGCACACGAUGUUUGGUCCCCUGAUAAAAGCUGUGAAGUUGGCCAGGCCUUUUGCUUUCUUCCUCUUCCAAUAGAGACAGGCCUCCCAGUUCAUAUUAAUGGGUCAUUUGCUGUCACAUCAAACAGGAAAGCUCUAUGGCAAAGUGGCAUAAAGUGGCAGUGGAACAAAGCAUUGCUCCAGGAUGCUAAUUCCACUGCCUAUGUCACCACACUGCUCGAACUAAAGAAGAUGGCCCAAGAUGGGAAACUUCAAAACUAUGAUUACCACACAUUUUGGCCUGAUGCUAAAAAAGUAAAUAAAGCAUUUCAACCCAUGGUUGCUGCUUUCUAUUCAGCCAUUACACACCCAACUGUCAGAUGUCUAGAGCUUUUCAGUAAUGGACAAACCUGGUGCUCCAUUGACAAUGUGAGAUUUCUGGAUCCAAGUAUUGAAAACAAUAAAGCAGUGGGAGACCUUGCCAUGAAAGUAUUCCUGAGUAAUGCCGAAUCAGGCUACUGUGCUGUACCUUUGCCAUCGUGGGUAAGAAACAGCUUCAUUCACUGUGGUUUCCGUGAGACGGUAACAGAAAGGACUUUUCACUGGGUUGAGUUUUAUCAAGUAGUUUUUAAGAACUUGAGCAACAUGGAUCCACACUGUAGGAAUGCUCUUAUAUUGAAUGCUCUUGACCUAAAUGAUCCAGACAUUGAUGAAUUACUAAAAAGUAAUCCGUGCAUUCCAACACAGAAAACGGACAAACUUCAGUUCAUCAACAAACUUGUGCACCCGCAUGGAAAAGUAGCCUGCUUGUUUGAGCCAGAGGAAGGACGUUUUCUUGAUGGAACCAAAAAUGACUACUUCAGUCCCAAAAGAAUUCUGCGACUGUCAGGCUUGGGGAUGGUGACGGGUUCUCUCACAUUAGAGGAAAUUGUUGAGAGAGCCAAGACUAUUCCAAGAGUUUGGACAGAGGAUAAAAAGAAAGCACAGAAAUGCCUCCAAUGUCUCUUUGACUGUAUGAAUGAAUACAGUAAUGUCCGUUCUCCACACUGGGAAAAACUAAAACAUAUACCGUUCCUUCCUGCCGUGGGUACUGACCUGAAUAAUAGAGUGUUGGCCACACUCAAAAAGCCAUCUGAAGUCUAUAGUCACAGGCACUACUAUUUGGUAAGCAUGAGUGAAUUCACUGUUGAUCACUCCAACUUGCUUGUACAGCCUGAUCACCCUGUUCUCGAAACACUGGAAGUGAACAGGAACCCAUUAGUUGAGACAGUGCUCAAACAACUGAAAGAGGCCCACAACCAUUCAGAGUCUUUUGAAAAAUCUGUGCUUUUUAAUGUGGCCUACAGCUGUUAUGACUAUCUCAACAAGUAUUUGAUUCAUAGAGGGGAUCCCACCGCCAUUGUUGACCAAGCUAAAUCACUUCCGUUUGUCUUCAUUGAGGACAAGUUUGUAAAUGUGUGGUCAGUUGCCAAGAGCAGGGAUUUUGAAGAGAAACCAUAUCUCUUUUCCCUCCCAGCCAUUUUCUCCAGAUUUGAGAAUCUUUGGACCUGUGUCGGCAUCAAAAGUCAUUUCACCACAAAGCAGUUUGUGACUGUACUAGAGAAAAUCAGUACAUUACCUGGACCUCUUUCAAAUUCAGAUCUUCAAACUUGUCUUUCCAUACUUACAAAGGGACUUUACCAGGCCAAAGCUAAGGUUAAAGACUGUCUUCUACCUGAUGAAAAAGGUGUGCUCACAGUGUCAAGCAAGCUGAAGUACAAUGACAGUCCAUGGAUGCCAGUGCAAGCUGGGGUAAAUCUUUGCCAUAAGCUAGUACCUCGAUCAGUUGCCUGUCACUUUGGUGUGGAAACAACACGACACCACACUCUAAACAACCAUUUAGUUAGAAGGUUUUCUCCACUUACUCAAGAGUUCGGACAACAUGAGAAACUAACUGUCAGAAUUAAGAACAUUAUUGAAGCCUAUCCAUCCAAGAAGGAUAUCCUAAAGGAACUCAUACAGAAUGCUGAUGAUGCAGAAGCAACAGAGAUCCACUUUAUAUGGGACAAGAGAAAGCAUAAGACUGAAAAAAUAUUUGGAGAAAAAUGGAAGCUGCUUCAGGGCCCAGCACUUUGCGUGUACAACAACAAACCAUUUUCUAAUGAUGACUUGAAUGGGAUUCAGCAGCUUGGGGAAGGUGGGAAACAUGGCACUUUGGGUAGGACUGGGAAAUACGGACUUGGCUUUAAUUCUGUUUACCAGCUGACUGAUUGUCCCUCUAUACUCACUGGUGACAAAUAUCUCUGUAUAUCGGACCCACACCUGCAAUAUGUGGAAGAAGGAAAAAAGGAAUCACCAGGCUGCAUGUAUUCACUGGAUGAAGAUUUUAAAGAGUCUUUUAAUGAUGUUUACCAUACAUUCCUUCCUGAAAAGUUUGCUCUUUCGUCUGGAACCAUGUUCAGGCUUCCCCUCAGGACAGAAGCAAUGGCAAUGAAAUCUGAUAUAUCUACACACGUAACCAGAGAUGAUGACAUGAAAGCACUUUUAUGGGCUUUGAUUGAAGAUCCUGAGGGACUGAUUCUCUUCCUGAAACACAUCACAAAAAUUCAGUUUCAUGUGAUCGACACAGACGGAAGUGAACUGGGUAUUUUCUUAAUUGAGAAAAAUGUCACUGAGGGUACCCAAAAGGUAAAGGACACUUUUUAUAACCAUGUCCGUACUUCUCUCAAAUCUGGGCAUGUUAUCCCACAUCAAACAGUAUAUGAAGUGCAGAUAUCCACUGGAAAAAAGCAAAGCCAUUGGGUUGUUGCAGAGCAAUUUGGCCCUGACCUGCAACACCUUCAAAAGGGAAGAAACUGCUCUGACCUCAGAGUGCCUCAAGUGGCCGUGGCUGCCUGUAUAUCCACAAACCAUUCUGAGGAGGAAUUUACUGGAAGAGCUUUUUGCUCUCUACCAUUGCCAGACAAGACUGGUCUUCCAGUCCAUGUGAAUGGGAACUUUGAAGUGGAUUAUUCGAGAAGAGAUCUGUGGAAAGAAGAUGAGGACAGUUUUAGGAUUGCUUGGAAUCAAUUCCUAAAAAAGAAUGCCCUGGCACCUCUAUACGCUCUCCUUCUAAAUCAUCUCUGUGCUAAGUUUAAGACAAACGAACCCAAUAGUUUAACCAUUAUCAGAUCACAACUGGACUUUUGCUUCAGGUUCUUCCCUUUUGUCUCAAAAAAAGUAGCUCAAGGUUGGCAUGAGAUGAUCUAUCAAGUCUACAGAUCAAUCAGUAACCAAAACCUUCCUGUGAUACCUACCGUAAGAAGUGUUGUUGAUGACCAUUCAUAUCUCUCACAGUCAAAGUACAAAGUAACCUGGUCCAGCGUCUCAAAGCAAGAUAUAUCAGAUUUACCUCAUUUUAUGAUGGAUCACCAUGAGCACAUUUUCAAAGUUUUGGAGCGCAUCGGAAUGAACCUGGUACCAUGCUCAUGGACAAUGGAAAAAUUAAAGCAGAGUUUUAUAAAUGCAGGUGUGGAAGUGGCUAAAGUCAGCCCUUCGUCUGUGAUCAGUUAUUUGAAGAGAAAAACACUGAAUGAUCCAUCACAAACUUCUGAUGAUUUACCAUUACCUGUCAGCCGGACUUUGAUUAAAGAUGCACAAAAUUGCUCAAAACUACUGAACUUUUGCCUUACAAAUGUAAAUGGGUCCAGAUUUGUUGACCUUGAUGGGCUCCCUCUCUUGCUCACUCAAGAUCAGGUGUUAAGAAAGUUCAACUCUGACUCUCCAAAACUAAUUUCAAGAUUUACCAACAUUUUUCUUGGAUAUGAGUCUGUAUUUGCAAAUUUUAGUGUGAACAGCCCACACAUGACAAUUCUCCAAGAGGGAAAUUACAUUCAGAAAUUGAGUAUCCCAGUGGCAGCAAAGAUUCUAAAACCAGUACUUCAGCAUUUUCUACAAAAUUCAUCACUAAAUCAGAGGAAUGGACUUUAUUCAGCAGGCAAAGAGAUGACCACAUGGUUAAAGGAACUUUGGAAGUUCUUUUGCAUUCAAGACAGAAAUGCUUUCUGUGAAAUAAAAAAGCACUUUUUUGACUGGCCCAUUGUACCCGUCACUAGCCCAAGUCAAACAGGAACAAUUUUCCUACAGAAAAUCAGUAACCUUCAGAGUGUUGUUUCUGAUUCCAGGGAAUACAUCUCUUCUAUCCUCUUGAAACUUGGAUUCACUGUAUUAGCUCGUACGUUUUUCACAGAUCUUGGUGAUUUGCUGUACAAAUGUGUUGACCCAGAACUUCUGGAUACCGGAGACACUACUGCUGUUUUACAACAGCUGAAUCAGGUCCCUCCUUCACAGUUUAAGGUGCUUUCUAGUGCAGACGCUGAUGAGAUGCAGCAUUUCUUACAAUCUGGCAUCAUCAGAUGCUUCAGGAACAGAGAUACUUAUCAGAAAAUGCUCAUGUCUUUACCUUUGUUUGAGACAAUAUUUGGAACACGGCAAAGGAUUGAUUUGCACAAAAAUGUGUUCAUACUGAAAACUGAGUACCAAGAAAGGUUUCCAGACUUGUACAAUUUGGAUGACUGUAAUGGAAUUUUCCUCAAGAACAGUUUUGUGAAUUCAGCUCUAUCAGAAAGUCUCAAAAUACGUAUUUUAGGAGAUUUGGAGUACUGUGUACUUUACCUACUCCCCUCUGUACACAAGCUCCAGAUAAACAAGCUGCAUGAUUUGGUGAAACUUGUAGUGCAACUGAGGCAAAAUCGCAGCUAUGAGAAUUAUCGAGACAGAAUUGUUUCAACAUUGCAGCAUGUCAAAUUUGUUCAGGACAUCCAUGGUGAUCUUCAGAUGGCAUCAUACUUCUUUGAUGACAAAGUAAACCUCUAUAGGGUUAUGCUUCCAAAAGAGAGGUUUGUACCAAAAGCCUUUUGGGAAAUGUUUUCAAAUACAUAUGAUGAAACACAUGCCACAAAUCUUCUGAAGGAACUAGGACUGAAAUAUGAGGUAUCGGAGAAGGAGAUCCUUCAAUUUGCUCGUCAAAUUGAAAUUGAUGCCAGAGGUAACACGGACCUAGGCAUUCUUAAACUUCGAUCUUCAACAUUAUUCAAGACUGUUUUGCAGAAAAGCACAGAGAAAACCUCAUUUUUGAUGCAGCAAAUUGCAUCAGUGAAAUUUAUCUUUCCUGUUCAGGUUGAGUCAAAUCUUUGCAAUUAUCACAGGGCUUUUGCUCAAGAAAGAGACGUUGUUGCUAUCAAAGGAUCAUUGCUGGAAAGAGACGUGAGAAACCAGUGUCUCAUAUGGACUGCUAUGCCUAUACUGCCCUCGGGAGACUGCACCACCAAACACCUAAAUGCAUUGAAGUGUGGUGGAGCCUUUGAUGAGCCACCUUCAGGACAAGUCAUGCAGAACUUGAAAAAUAUCUGUAGAGCUCCAUGCACAAGUGCAUUUUUAAUAAGCAUACGAGCUGCUGUCUUCAACAUUUCAUAUGCACACCUGCAGUCAGAGCAUUUUAAUGCUUCUGUUUUGGCCAACCUUCCUCUGAUUCUCACGGAAAACGACACACAACUUGUAAAAGCUAGUCAAGCAGUCCUUUGCCUUCAAAAUUCUAGUGAGUUUAGGCCUUACCUAUACCCCAUCCAAGGGAAACAUGCUAUCUAUUCAGAGUUCUUCAAGAAAAUUGGGGUUGAAGAGAAGCCUACAUUUGCGCAACUGUGUACAGUGCUCCAGGAAAUCUACACAGAUUGUUGUGACAAGAAUACGCUUCAGCCGAACCAGCAGAAAACAGUUCAACGUGCUGUCCAGCAACUUUUCUCUGUGAUUAAAGAAGAGCCCAGAGUGUGUAAAGUUCACAGGAACACACUGUAUCUCCCAUCAACAGAUGGAAAACUCUACGAGUCCAGCACACUGUAUUUUAAUGACACCGUCUUUCAGGCCAAAAGACUCGAGGAUCCACUAAAAGAAAAGUUGAAGAUGCUUGAGAAGCUAAACCGCUGUCAUCUUGGAAAUGACCAGUAUGAACAUCAGAAACUACUGCAGAGACUUCCACAGAACAUUCGACCUAAGCUUCUCUCUCAAGUUAUCUAUGAGAAUCUGGUUGGUGGACAUGCUGAACUUUGUGAAUACAGACAAGAAUGUGAAUUUCGUACUGCAUUUGAGAAGCGGUUGUCCUCACGUGCAUUUCGUCACGGUCUUAUCUGUUUGAUCAGAGAACAGAGCAAGGGUUCUAUUUCACAAACUGAUGCUGCACGCAUGUGCGACAGCAUUUUUGGUAAAAUUCAGAUCAUCUGUUGCAGAACUCUCCAAACUGAGCUUUUGUUGAACAAGGAGCCACUGGAAGGUACCAAGUCAGAAACACAGGUUUAUGUGAACAAGCAGCAAGAUGGGUGUACCUUUUAUUUGCAACACAAUGAUAACAUGGCUCUAAAGGUAAUGAAUGAAGUCAACAUGCAUCUUACCACAGAAAUCAAUGGGCUUCUUGAAAAUAACCUGAAGUCCUCCAUGCUACCCAUUAUUGGGCAGCUUUUGUUGUGUGAUGACAUGGAGGAUGUUGAAAGGAUCAUGGAAAAAAAUGGAAUCCAUAACAGCGUGAGUGAAGAAGGUGGUUUCAGUGUCCGUCCAAACCCUGGAAGUCCUAUACCAGAGGAAUGGUUAGAUUCCCUUGAUAUGAACCCCCUCAACAGUUUUGAAAAAGGAGAGUAUGUUGGCUUCAGAAGAGAUGAAUCAAAAGAUGAAUAUUUUUUUGCCAUCAUUGUAGAAUGUCUGGAUGAGGAACCAGGACAGAUCAGACGAAAUCCUUCGAGAUACAGAAUACUGAUUGGGAAAGACGAGUUUAUUGAUGUAAGCUCUCUGGAUCUUUAUCAGUUUAAGAGAGAAAGAAGAUCAGGUCCAGUGAUCUAUUCCUCCUGCAGAGAAAUAGCCAUAAUUUCAGAGAUUCUAGAGUGUAUGCCCUCACAGAGAAGGUCCACACCACGAACACCAGAGGAGAGACCCAUUCAACAAACACUGGAGGAGGUCAAAAGAGAGAUUGAUCGAUGUCUGGAAGAAAUCUGGAAAAUGUCCAAUGAGGACAAGCAUAAAGCUAUCAGACGCCUUUAUCUAAAGUGGCACCCAGAUAAGAACUUGGACAAUCCUGACCUUGCAAACAUGGCUUUUAAAUAUCUGAAGGAUAGAAUUGAGGAGCUGCAGCGAGGGCAUACCGAACGUAGCACAUCCUCCAGCUGCAGUAACUUCAGAGAUUACUGGUCAACAUGGAAUGAUGAGGCCAGGACUCACAGGAGAGGGCGACAGCAAUUCCAUCAGAACAAUUCCAGACAGCAAUAUAAUUUUUGGUCAUAUUACAGACAAAGUGACACACCAAGACCAGACAGAGAACAAGCGAAACGCUGGAACAGACAGGCAGCAUGUGACCUCCUUGCUGCUGAGCGUGAAAUUGAGGAGAGUCCAGAGUGGUGUCUGUUUAAAGUGCAUCAGGCAGUAGAAAAAGCCCUGAUAGCUUCAGAGUACAGAAAAAAUGGGCGCCAUCCCGGGAACUGCUCCAUAACGAGUCUCGCCCAGCAGGUUUCCCACUACAGCCCCUACCUCAGUGAGGUUCCCAGUGCUGUAGCCCAGCUUAGGACACUGGGUGUUGAUGCCAAGAAAACUCAGUACCCAAAUCUCCACCCAUCUCCUCGCAUACCACACGAGCAGUUCAAAUCUGAAGAGGCAAGACAGGCAGUGAACACUGCAAGAAACCUGCUGAUUAAUCUACACAAAUAUAUUACUGAAUGAAAGAUUUCUAUAAUGGUAUAAGUCAUGUAUACUGGGUAGUGUGUCUUGAGCACAGUCUUUCUUGAUUAUGAUAUUUACUGCAGAAAUAAUUGAUGUAGAAAUUAAGAGUAAAAACUGAUUAGUUAAAAGUGAGUUAUAUUUUAAUUCAUAUGUUGCUUCUCUUUUGUAUCACUCUUUUAUAAUGUCUUCCUGCAUUUUUCUGUUAUAUCUAUGUAGUUU